AUUUAUAAAUUAACUUUUGCCAUUCUCUGUCCAAACUUUUCUCAUUCCUUGGCUGUGAUUUUGAGAGAAAGAAGAGAGAGAGAAAAGAGAGAGAGAGAGAGGUUUCUUUUUUAAAUCUUCCCAUCUAAAAGCCAACCCAUCAAAAUUACGCCCGUAGUUUUUAAAUAGAGAAGAAGAACAUUACAGUAUCUAUAUAUAUAUACAGAAACAGAAGGUUUUGAUUGGAUCUCCCGUGGAAUCGGAUCAUAUACUAGUGGAAGGUCUCAGCACUUGAAGCUUGAGGGAUUGAUAGCAUUCAAUCUGAGCUAGAGAGACCACUAGUUGGGUCUUGCCAGGAAGUUGCUAAUUUUGGUCAAUUAAAGCUAAUAAUAACAAUAUAAGGCAGGCUAUAAUCAAAUCUUAAAAGACCAACCUUUGGGGGUUCUGAGGUGUAUAACUUGGCUAAGUUAUAAGGGAUAUAGUAGAGCUUGUGGGACUUUGGAAUUGGUUUAUUGUGGGUCAGAAAAGUGUAAUUCCGUGCUGGAAUGGUGUACUGGAUCAUAGAUUCUGAUCUGGUCAAGUGCUGGCGUAAGUUGGAGUGUGGUGAGAGUACAGUUUGCGAGGACAAGUGCCAUGUCUCGCUGCUUCCCAUUUCCUCCACCUGGAUAUGACAAGAAGAUUACAACUCACGAAACUGACCCUCCUCUCAUAAAGGAGAAGUAUAAGGAAAAGAAUCACAAGAAGGAUAAGGACAAAGAAAAAAGAGAGGGUAAAGAUAGAAGCAAAGACAAAGAUAAGGAAAGAAAGAAGAAAAGAGAGAAACAUAAAGAUCGUAAAGACAAGGAGAAGGAUAAAGAAAAAUGCAAACCUUUGGAGGAGCAGAAAGCUGGAGUGCUGCCAAACACAGGGAACAGAGAGAAACUUGUAACAAAUACCGUGCAGAAUAAUAGUAAUGGAGAGUCAAAGUAUGUACAGGAACUGGGAAGAAGGAUCAGAUAUGACGAAGAAGCCACAGGAAGUCAGAAUGCACAAAAGAUUACCAACCAAAAAGGAACACCAGGAAAAGCAUUUUUGAGCAGCAGUUUCUGCCCAGUUCAAGAAACAAACUAUGGCGAAAAUGACGAUCAGAGCAUCAGUACUCAGAAGAACUUUGCAGUUGCUCGAGCAUCAUUUGGUGCAGAUCAGAAAAGAGCUGUGGCUAUGGGUAAACCAAUGGAGAACAGAGACAAGGCGAGGCAUACGAAAUCACCUGAGAAGAGUCACCUCAAGGAAAGUGCGGCCAUGAGUGAUAAACCAAGGGAUGAAGCAGGUUUAAAGAAGAAAACAGAGUCAAUAAAUAAAAGUCAUCAGGAUAAGUCAAAACUGAUAGAAGGGCCCAAAUUAAAGGAGAGGGGAAAGGACUCUCUGGAUAUAAAGAAUGGCAGACCGCCUGACCUUAUUGCUGAGGGAAGUCUUGGCAAGCGGAUGGAUCUUGACACAAAUGGGCUCUUGUAUGAGAAUGGAACCAAACCAAACAAGUUACAGAGACACUCAGCAUCUGUAUCAUCUGUGGAAAAUGGAAGAACGUUAGGUUCACACCGAAGUCCUGCUUCUGAGGUGCAAGGAACGACCUGCAAGCCAGAAGUCAAGGAAGCUAAGGUUAACGGCUUUGUUGUCUCUGGAGAAAAAGAAAAGGUCUGCUCACAGAGUCAUGUGGCUGCAACAACGAAAGCCAAAGUCAAAGAAAAUGGUGAAGCAUCCGCAAAGCCGCCUCAUCCGGACCUAAAGCUUCUGGAUCAGAUACUCAGUGUACCAAAAAGAGAGCUGUUUCUGGAGGUUGAUAAUGACGAAGAAUGGCUAUAUAGUCCGUUGGGUGUCAAGUUAAAAAAGGCAAGAACGUAUUCUCCUGAUUCUGGCGAAUCCUUGCAGGUCUGGAACCAAGCGUUCAAAAUAGAAUCUGCCGACAUUUUAGCUCUUCCGUAUGUUGUUCCAUUUUAGCUGUGACUUGUAUUUUCUGAUUUUCCCACGCCACAACCCAUGAGAAGAAACUUCCCACUUUGCAGCAGUUUCUGCUCCGUUAGCAGCAUCAAUGAUGGGCACAUAAAGGAGGCGGACACAGCACUUCAUGGCUCCCAAAAUAUAUAACGUUCCUUACACGGCUAUAAUACUCGCACCCAUAAAGCUCUGCCUGAGUGGGAAAAUGAAUGAGGAAGAUGUAAGUAGAGUAGAUCCAUAGAGAAGUUGAAUGCUGUUGAACAUUUGUUUAAGAUGUGUCGUAAGGACAAAGGUAUAUGUGGCAUAUGGUUAUGCACUGUAUCGCAGAGGGUUCCGUGUGUGUGUUACUGCGGGUAUGUGAAUGGUGUCAUGCUAAUGUAAACGCUAACUUCUUAUUAGCUGCAUACCCAAUGUGGUGUGCAGACCUCAGAUUACUGUCUACUUUGUUGGGGAGAAGUAAAUGAUAUGUUCUUUUUCUCCUCUAAACCAACUUAGCUAGAGGGUGCGAGACCACCACUUCUGCUUCUUAUA